CAAACAGUCCCGGUCUUCUCUGCAUUUAUUUCAGGCGGUUCUAAGGGCAUGAAGAGUCUCGGAAGCGGGGGAUAGGCGGUUUCACACGGAAGGUAGCCCGCCUGCAGGCCCCUUGAUGGUAGCGUGUGUCCACCAAGACAUCUUUCGCAUGUGUAAAAAGAUAGCAAGCAUAGGGAGAUUCGCAAGGGAUGGAAAAGAGCCGCGAAAUUCCAUUCUUUUGCACUGUCCUGAGUUAGUCAUGUAGCAUUCGGGGCGCGGUGGUACGUCGGUUUCACGCUGGCGAGGAGCUGACUCUGCAUGCAGCUGGUUCAGUCCGUCGGCCGCUGUUACCUGGCCCGGAUCGAGUCUUGGUCCCUCGAACGAAAUUCUCGUCUGUACACUUUGCCUUCCUCCUGAAGCUGAGACUGUGCACGUGUGUGUUUGUUUUUUCGGUACUGUCUUGCUGAUCUGCGCUGUCCAGGAGUUUCUCCCCUGUGGCUUGCAACCGGGCUGUGUCAAGAUGGGCGGGUCACCUGUCGACGGAAAGACAGGAGACUCGUCAGGUUCGCCUUCUUCGGACAUGCGGACCCGGCGUUUCGUUCUGUAUCGAAAAAAGCCAUGGCCACUUCGCUACGAUGUCUGGCCCUUCGCGAUUCUCGUUGCCGCGUGUGCUUUUCUUGUCUUCUCUGACCUUGCCUCCCGUCCGGAUGUUUUCCCCGACUCUUCAGAAGCCCCGGUGUCGCUUCCGGAUCCCACCGGGGCACCUACAGGCGACCUAGGUGCCUCCGACAGGAGAGAGGAUCGCCACGCGGUACUCAAGGGGAAUCUGGAGUCUCAGCUUGAUGGUCAGGUUUCAGAAAACGCUGAAACCCUGCCUCCAGUCGGCUCCGAUGCGCCCGAAGUGUUCGGUGAAACGUCAACAUCCUCGACCACGGAGGCGCCGAAGCGUAUCGAAGAGCUCUUCCCGACGCUGGCGUGGUUGUUCUCCUCCGUGUAUUUCCUCUACUGUUUGUUGUUUGUUUUUCUCGGCGGGCUCUUGCACCUCAGCACUCACUGGUUCGUCUCCCUGGACUGCUUGGUGAGUUACACGGCUGUGUCAUCCGUCGGCGACACGACGAGCGUCCUCGUCAUUCCCCCCAGUGGUAGGCCCCUCGAGUCGCGGACGCUCUGUCCGUUGAUUCGUCGUCCGGAGCAGAUUUUCUUUUUUUACCGCAAGAAGAAGUUCAUGUUUGUCUCGGAAACCGGCACCUUCGAGCCCCUCCGGUUCCCCAAGAGCCGCCCGCUGUCCGAGUACCUCCAGUGGAGGGGCCUUGAAGCUGCAGCCGCGCCCAGCUCCUCGGUCCAGACGCGUCCAGCCCCCUCCCUGAGUUCGUCGAUUUCUUCGAUGUCCUCCGCUUCAAAUUCAGACCCGCAGCUACCUUUUGCCGGCAAAGCACUGUCUCCGUCUUGGGAUCCUGCAACAGAUGUCUCUGUGCCCACAGUGCAGGCCAAGUACGGUUCGAAUGACUACGACAUGCCGAUUCCGACCUUCCAAGAACUCCUGAAGGAGCAUGCGGUGUCGCCCUUCUUCGUCUUUCAGAUGUGCUGCGUCUUUCUCUGGCUGAUCGACGAGUACUGGCAGUACAGUCUCCUCACGCUCGUCAUGCUCGUUCUCCUCGAGUGCCAGAUGGUCAAGAAACGAUUGAGAGACUUCCAGCAACUUCGCGCAAUGCGCAUCCCGCCGCGCACCGUCCAUGUCUUCCGGUCCGGCUCCUGGAUUCCCCUUCGCUCCGACUGUCUCCUCCCUGGAGACGUUUUCGCCAUCACCGGAUCCACCAACCCAGACGAGGCUGUAUGCCCAGUCGACGCCCUGCUCCUCCAGGGAUCCGCCGUUGUCAACGAAGCCACACUCACUGGUGAGUCGGUUCCACAGACCAAGGUGGCUCUCGAAAAGGACGAAGUGGACGGAGAGCAAACAGAGAGCGACAGAGAGGGAAAGGAAGGCGAUCUCUGUCUCGACAUGGAACUGCGCAACAAACAAAACAUCGUCUUCGCAGGCACUGCCGUCAUCCUCCAUCGCAACGACCAAUCCAGUUUCGCCAGAACUCGAGUCCCUGAGAAAGCCUGUGUUGGAUACGUUUUACGGACUGCCUUCAGCACCACUCAGGGCAAACUCGUAAGGACCAUUCUAUUCUGCCAUGGUCGAGUGACAGUGGCAAGUCGCGAGGCAUGGCUCUUUCUCGGUCUGCUCCUCGUUCUCGCGCUCUGCGCGUCCGCCUACGUCCUCUGCGAGGGGAUCCAAAACGCUGAGAGAUCUCGCUUCAAGCUCUUUCUCUCCUGCUCUCACAUCGUUAUGGCGGUCGUGCCCGCCGAAUUCCCCAUCACCCUCUCGCUCGCAGUCACCAUGGCGCUCCUCUUUCUGUUCACGCAACAAAUCUUCUGCACAGAGCCGUUUCGAGUCCCCCUCGCCGGCCAAGUCGAUGUAUGUGCCUUCGACAAAACCGGAACGCUGACCUCUGACUCCAUGCGCGUCAAGGGCGUCUACGGUGUACGUACAUCCGAGGGAAAGGCCGCAUCCUCUCGGCCUGGCGAGCGCGCGGGCGACGAAGAAGAAACUCUCGUCACGCAGAUUUUGCCGUUUGAGACCGUGGCAGUGAUGGGUGCUUGCCAAGCGUUGGCUGUCGUCGAUGGACAGCUCUUAGGAGACCCUCUUGAAAAGGCGUCCUUCAAUGCAGUUGGGUGGACUCUCACUUCCCCAGAUUCCGUCGUCUCUGCGCCCCGUCCCUGGCCUUUGCCCACGAGUUCGACCCUCCAGCAAGACCGCGUCACCGUUCUUCGUCGCUUCCCUUUUUCUUCUGCUCUCCAAAGAAUGACCGUCGUGGCUCGCGUAGAGGGUGCGCGCAUGCCGUGGUACGGCGCCUUCGCUUCUCCGGAGAAAGUCGAGGAGUUUCGGGGAACUCUGAAAGCCAGUUCUUCCUCAGGAGGAUACGCGGACUUUGUUGCCUCCAAGGGCUCGCCUGAAAAGAUCAAACAGUUUCUCAAAGAAGUACCUGCUUUCUACGAUGAGUUGUACACUGGAUUUUGCCUCAAGGGCUACCGGGUGCUGGCGCUCGCGUACAAGGAACUGGAGCCGGGAGCAUCGCAUUCACAGCGUUCGGAUCUGGAGAAGAACCUUUUUUUCGCAGGCUUUCUCGUGGUGACGUGUCCAAUCAAGAAAGGAACGAAAGCAGACAUCGACGUUGUCUGUCGGGCGGGACACCGAGCCAUCAUGAUCACCGGCGACAGCCCCUUGACCGCAUGCCAGGUCGCUGUAGAUGUGGGGAUCUUUCGCGAGAAUUCCCCGCAUGAAGGCGAGAGCACGGAGAACGAGGCGGAGCGCGACGAGCAAGAGACGCACUCGAUUUCGCGUCCUAUCCUCAUUCUGAAGUGCGACAGACAGAAACGCUCGGCAGCACCUGCCGAGGAGAGGACGUCAAAGCCCGACGCUUUCGGAAACCACCUCCGACAGCGACACACGCAGUCCAGCGUCCCCCGCACCGAGUCUCCGGCUGCUCCAGGCUCGAGAGGGCCUGCCUUGGAAGACUUUUUCUGGGAAAGGCGAGACAGACAGCAGACCUUUCCGUUGCUCGCCUUUCUUUUGGCAGCGGAUUCGUCGGAACAACGCAAGAAUCCGGCGCCAGACGAGUCUCUCGCUCCGCCUCGGUGGACAGGCCUUGCGCAGCUCUCGGCGGACUUCCACCUGUGUCUGACGGGACCGGUGAUCUCGGCGUUGCUCGAGGUGUUUGGCGCCGAGUCGGUGAGUGAACAAGUUGCCGUUCUGGGUCCCCUGCUUCCUUUUGUGGGCGUCUUCGCGCGCAUGUCGCCGCAGCAAAAAGAGCUGAUUCUCGUCGCGCUGAAGGCUGCCGGCUUCACCACGCUGAUGUGCGGCGACGGAACGAACGAUGUGGGGGCGUUGAAGGCCGCCCAUGUCGGCGUGUCUCUGCUCUGCCAGGCGGCUCACGCAGACGCUCCUCGCGGGGGCUGCAGUCGCCAGGCGUGGAGCGGCAAGACAGUGAAAGAUUCGUCGUUGAAGAUGGAGAAGGACCCGCGGCGAAGGGGACAUGGCAGUGCUUCAGGCGCCCCGAGAGGCGAGACUCUCUCAGCUGCUCACAGAAAGGAACUGGAACGCCGCAUGGAGGAAAUGUGGGAACAUCUGGACGAUGGGCCGCCUCUGGUGCGGUUGGGGGACGCCUCAAUCGCGUCUCCCUUUACCUUCAAGGGGGAUUUGAUUCGCUGCGUCCCCCUCAUUCUCCGGUCCGGGCGCGCGACGCUGGUCACCGUCAUCAUGAUGUACAAGUUGAUGGCGCUGAACUCGACCAUCACGGCCUUCGCACUCUCCGUCCUCACCCUCGACGGUGUGAAGCUGGGGGACUUGCAGACGACUCUUGAGAACUUGUUGUGCACGCUGCUGACACUGAUGAUCUCCAAAACGCGACCCUCUCUCGAAAUGGGCUCCUGUCGCCCCGUCGCGUCGAUUUUCCACCCGCUUGUCUUCCUCUCGCUCGUCCUCCAGGCCGGGCUCCACGUCUACACCCUGUACGCGGCCUGGGACCUCGCCAAAGCGUUCCGCGCCCCCGACUAUAAGCCGAAUCUGGACGGACACUUCGAGCCGAACCUAGUGAACUCCGUGGUGUUUCUCCUCAUCGCCUCGAUGCAUGCGUCCACGUUCCUCAGCAACUACGAAGGCGCGCCCUUCAUGGUGCCGCUGACGGAGAACAAGCCUCUAGUCCUCACUCUGGGGUUCCUCGUAUCCACGCUGUUGACGCUGGUGUUCGAACUCGUCCCCAGUCUGAAUGAAACGCUGUCGCUCGUCCCCUUCCCCACCCGAGAAUUCAAAGUGAAAAUCAUUGGUCUCGUGUUCCUCGACUUGGUCGGAGCGUGGUUAGUCGCCUGGAGUCUGCGGAAAGUCACCUGGUGGUGGGCGCAACGCGCAGCCCGCAGAGCUCGCCGUCUCUGAGGUCGGGCAGAUAUUCAAAAUACGAGACGAAAAGGGACAGCCAGUGAAGGAGGGACGGCGAGAAAGAAGGGAGAACAAGAAGGAGAGGACGGAACGAAGGCGUUGAGGAAGAAGGGAGAAGCGAAGCCAGUCAGGAGGAAGGACAAGGAGUAAAGGACGGCGACCAUGAGGAAAAGGGAGAUAACAGAGGAAAGAGAAAGAGAACAAGAGACGCAAGAGGAGGAGGGGACGGCUGAGGUGGGUGGCGAGACUCAGAAAGAUGAAGACGAAAGCUCAAACGCAGUCACUCAGGGAAGAGAGACGGACACACGGGCGAUGGCGCAAUGAAAGUAAUGUCAAGAGGAAAGCAGAACAGGUUUGACGGGAUGAAUAUGAAGUGUGCAAGUCACCAACGAAUCCACCACCUUCAGACCCCCAUGGAUUUAUUUACGUAUAUAUAUAUAUAUAUAUAUAUAUAUACGCGUACCUAUAUAUAUAUAUAUAUAUAUAUAUAUAUGUAUGUACACUUGUACAUGCGUAUGUAUAUUCGUAUUUCCGGUUCUUUGGUGCGAUUGUUCCUCUUGUUUUAAAUUGGCUUUCGCUGUUAUUCUUUUUUGUUCUGCGCCCUCGCAGUGCAAUGCGUGGGACUUGUGUCAAAAGCGCCACUCGUGAAAUCGUUUUCAUUCCAGGAAAGACCGCAAACUCGGUUUUUGACUAUUCCCAUUCACUGAGCUUCGCUAAAGGGCAAACGACACUCUCUACUGGGAGAGGGAAGAAGGCAGAAGGCGAGUCGUCCUCCACAUGACAAGCUGGCACGGGCUGUAGAGGCCCCGAGGUGCCGUGAUUUCCGUUUUGGAUGUUUUUCCGGAAAGAAACCAACUGUAUGUGCAGCUCCAGAAAUACUCGGCUUCUUCGAGUAGUCUUGACGCAGGUUUGCAGCCUUCUCCCAAGUCAAUCUUCACAUCACUUCACCCUCGCGUGCAUGCCUGUUAGGC